UGCUCCAACCUGAGGAGCGCCUAGCAGCAGCCUGCUAAACCCGCUAGCUGAGGCUAGUUCAGCCGGGGUCCGGGGGUGGCUGUGGGACCAGACUGCUGAGACACUGCGUACUUUUAACCGAGUGGACUAAAAGGAGCCGUAACGCUUCCAAAGGCCCAGGCUUCUUCUGUGAGGCGCGCAGUCCAGUAGAAGCAGAAAAGAUGAUGUGCGAGUCGAUGAAUUGUCCAGGUUUGCCAAAUCCCUUAACGCUACGGAGAACACCAGCAACAACAUCCAUGUUAUCAUGAACUGCCGCUGCGAGCGCAGCGUUACCGUACUUCGCCGUCUAACACGGAGGGGAUGAUUGCUCAUAUUAACUGGCGUAUUUUCAAGAUACGUUUGUUGUCGUGACGAAUAACGUUGAAUAGCGAGACUCGUCGCUAAAACCUCAAACGCUAGCUCCCUCGCUAGCUACACCAUUGGCCAUAGUGAUAGUGUUAGCUAACUAGCCAGUUGUUUACGCUUUAAAAUGGCUGCUGAGGGGGUCUUUUGCUACAACUGAAUGAAUGUUACUUUAAGAUGCUGUGAGUGCUCUACCUGUGCUCUGUGUUUGACACACCAGCUCUUUGGAACAAUGCGCUCGACGUUUCCCUUUGGGUGUUUUUGCUGUAUUGUGCGCUUUGGGGAAUUUUCCACCCCUAACUGCAGGAGGUAACGUAGCUAGCGUUAAGUAACGUAGGAAAUUCCUUCCCUUGUUCGAAAGAAAAAGAAACAAUGAGGCAAGACACCAGCUAUCUCGCCAGAUGAGAUUCAUUUAUUGACCAGCGCGUUGUUUAUGAUGGAUUUUAUUGCCACCCGUGGGGUUUCUGCCACAACCUGAGCGAUUGCGUUUCAGGUAAGAGAGGAAUCGGGUUGCUGUGCGAGCGAGGCUAUGUCAUUCACAGAGUAUCCGUGAUCUCCGAGUGGAUUCCCCCUACUAAUUGAAACAAUCUGGGUACCACGAACACGGGACGAAGCCCAUCGGAAAAGUACGCGAUAUAAUCGUACAGCAAAAUGGAUGGUGCGAAAGUGCUCAGGACCGAGCUGUUUGCUCUGAGACAGAGCGCUCUCACCUGUUUUGGACUGCAGGGCAUGAACAGAUAUCUAUUGCUUUGUGCAAUGUUCUACCUGGUGCUCAUCACGGAUGCCUCGCCCUCUAAAACGUGUGAGAAAAACUGUCUGUCGGGGAAAUGUGUCAACGGAUCUUGCGUCUGUGACCGAGGCUGGGUUGGGGACCAGUGUCAACACUGUCAGGGAAGAUUCAAGUUAACCGAGCCAUCAGGGUACCUAACAGAUGGCCCCAUCAACUACAAGUACAAAACCAAGUGCACCUGGCUGAUUGAGGGCUACCCAAACGCAGUCCUGAGAUUACGAUUUAACCAUUUCGCGACUGAAUGUAGCUGGGACCACAUGUACGUCUAUGAUGGAGACUCCAUUUAUGCUCCUUUAGUAGCUGUAUUCAGUGGUCUCAUUGUCCCAGAGGUCCCGGGGAACGAGACAGUACCUGAAGUGGAGACCAACUCUGGCUAUGCACUCCUGCACUUUUUCAGUGAUGCAGCCUACAACUUGACUGGAUUUGAGAUCUUUUACUCGAUAAACUCAUGCCCAAAUAACUGCUCAGGCCAUGGAAAGUGCACCACCUCCAACUCCAUCGCGAGCCGUGUGUACUGUGAGUGUGAUAAAUACUGGAAGGGUGAGGCCUGUGACAUCCCUUACUGCAGAAACAACUGUGGCAGCCCGGACCAUGGCUACUGUGACCUCACUGGGGAAAAGCUGUGCGUGUGCAAUGACAGCUGGCAAGGUCCAGAUUGCUCUCUGACAGUGCCCUCUACUGAGUCAUAUUGGGUCAUGCCCACAGUGAAGCCUUUUGGGACAUCACUAGGCAGGGCAUCCCAUAAAGCAGUGGUUCAGGAGAAGGUCAUGUGGGUAGUCGGUGGCUACACAUUUAACUAUAGCAACUUCCAGAUGAUUCUAAAUUAUAAUCUGGAUAGUGGCACAUGGAACACUGUAGUCAGCAGUAGUGCGCCUCUGUCGAGAUAUGGCCACUCCCUCACGCUCUAUCAGGAUGACCUCUACAUGUUUGGAGGGAAGUUGGAAAUGGGCUCUGGUAAUGUAACGGAUGAGUUGUGGGUGUUCAACAUACCCAACAAGUUGUGGUCUCGACGGACUCCCAGCACACCUGCUCAUGGUCAGGUCUAUGCUGUGGAGGGCCAUUCUGCACACAUAGCUGAGCUGGACAUAGGCGACAUAGUGAUGGUGGUCAUCUUUGGCUACUCCUCCAUCUACAGCUACAUCAGCAAUGUGCAGGAGUACAACAUCAGAACAAACACAUGGCUGGUCCCCGAGACAAGAGGAGCAACAGUUCAGGGGGGCUAUGGCCACAGCAGUGUGUAUGAUAGUGGCAGUAAGUCUGUCUUUGUCCAUGGAGGCUACAAGUCCCUGCCUGCUAACAAGUAUAGCCUUGUGGAUGACCUGUACCGUUAUGAGGUACACACUCGCACUUGGACUAUUCUGAGGGAGAGUAGUUACCCACGGUACCUCCACUCAGCUGUCCUGCUGGGAGGUACUUUGUUGAUCUUUGGAGGAAACACUCACAACGACACGUCACUAAGCACUGGAGCCAAGUGCUUCUCUGCUGACUUCCUUGCCUAUGACAUUGCAUGUGAUGAGUGGAAGGUUCUCCCCAGACCAAACCUGCACAGAGAUGUUAAUCGCUUUGGACAUACUGCUGUCACCAGUAAUGGGUCUAUGUAUGUGUUUGGCGGUUUCUCCAGCGUUCUGUUGAAUGAUGUGCUGAUCUACAGGCCGCCCAGUUGUGAAGCGUUUCUGGGGCAGGAGCGGUGUGAGGCUGCAGGUCCAGGGGUGCGCUGUAUGUGGAGACGAACACGCUGUGUCUCCUGGGAACCCAGGUUCUCCAGCAACACCAUACCUGCUCCCUUCUGCCCUGCCAAGCCUGCUACAGUGGAUGAGAGGUGUCACCGUUUCUCGGACUGCACCAGUUGUACUGCUAACACUAAUGGCUGUCAGUGGUGUGAUGACAAGAAAUGCAUCUCCGCCUUCAGCAACUGCACUGCUAGUGUGAAAAAUUUCACUAAAUGCUCCAUCAGAAAUGAGCAGAUAUGCAGCAAGCUGGCCAACUGCAAGAGCUGCUCCUUAAAUCUCAACUGCCAAUGGGAUCACCAGCAGCAUGAAUGCCACGCCCUCCCUGCCAAGCUGUGUGGAGACGGCUGGAGUCAUGUGGGAGAUGCCUGCCUGCGCAUCAACUCCAGCAGAGAGAGCUAUGAUAAUGCCAGACACUACUGCAAGAACCUGGGUGGCAUCAUUGCCUCCCUCUCUACUGCCAAACAAGUGGACUUCAUACUGGAGGAGCUGCAGAAGUACCAACAGCAGGAGAAGAAGUUGUCCCCCUGGGUCGGCCUGAGGAAGAUUAAUGUGUCUUACUGGGGCUGGGAGGACAACUCUCCUUUCACUAACACGUCUCUGCAGUGGUUGCCCGGAGAGCCCAAUGACUCAGGCUUUUGUGCCUACCUGGAGAGAGCGCAAGUUUCAGGCCUGAGGGCCAACCCCUGCAAUGCCAAUGCUGACGGACUCAUCUGCGAGAAAGGAGUUGAGAGCCGGAAUGCCCGUCCAUGUAAAACUCCCUGCUCUCUGCACGUCAGCUGUGAGAACUGUACUAGCCAGGCGACUGAGUGUAUGUGGUGUGGCAGCACCAAGCGCUGUGUGGACUCCAAUGCCUACGUCAUCUCCUUCCCUUACGGCCAGUGCCUGGAGUGGCAGACUGGAGACUGUGUUUCUCAGAACUGCUCUGGGUUCCGGACAUGUGGUCAAUGUCUGGAGCAGCCAGACUGUGGCUGGUGUGGAGACCCCAGUAACACAGGGAGGGGGCAGUGCGUGGAGGGCUCAUACCGUGGCCCCAUGAAGAACCUGCCCAAACACAGCCAAGACAUGGUGCUGGACACUGGAAUCUGUCCCAAGGAGAAAGGCUAUGAGUGGGCCUUCAUCCAGUGUCCUGCAUGUCAGUGCAACGGCCACAGCACAUGUGUGAAUGGUAGUGUGUGCGAGCAGUGUCGUAACCUCACUACUGGCCCACACUGUGAGACCUGCAUGCCUGGUUAUCAUGGAGACCCCACCAAUGGAGGAAAAUGCCAAGCCUGUAAAUGUAAUGGCCAUGCCAAUGUGUGCCAAGUGCUGACAGGGAAGUGUUUCUGCACCACCAAGGGGAUCAAAGGAGACCAGUGUAACCUAUGUGAUUCAGAGAAUCGUUACCUUGGCAACCCUCUGAGAGGAACCUGUUACUACAACCUGCUGAUUGACUACCAGUUUACCUUCAGUCUUCUUCAAGAGGAUGACCACUACUACACUGCCAUUAACUUCAUGGCCACUCCUGAACAGACCAACAAAAAUUUGGACAUGUCCAUCAAUGCGUCAAACAACUUUAAUCUGAACAUCACUUGGUCUGUUGGAUCAACAGCGGGUACCAUUUCUGGAGAAGAAGUUCCCAUUGUGUCUAAGACCAACAUUAAAGAACACAGGGACAGCUUCUCCUGUGAGAAGUUCAGCUUCCGCAGCAAUCCCAACAUCACCUUCUAUGUCUAUGUCAGCAACUUUUCAUGGCCAAUCAAAAUACAGAUUGCCUUCUCUCAGCACAACAGCAUCAUGGACCUUGUGCAGUUCUUUGUUACAUUUUUCAGCUGUUUUCUGUCUCUGUUGCUGGUAGCUGCAGUGGUGUGGAAGAUCAAACAGACCUGCUGGGCAUCAAGACGACGGGAGCAACUGAUGAGGGAAAGGCAGCAAAUGGCAAGCCGCCCCUUUGCUUCGGUUGCCAUGGCACUGGACGUGGGAGGUGACCAGGUGGACCUGCUGCAAGGAGGAAUUGAGGGCCCUCCCAAACCUGUUGCCAUGGAGCCCUGUUCAGGGGGGAAAGCUGCAGUGCUGACAGUGCUCCUGUGCCUCCCACGAGGACCAUCAGGGGUUCCACCACCUGGACAGUCAGGUAUUGCCAUUGCCAGUGCGUUGAUUGACACCUCUCAGCAGAAGCCCAUGGACUUUAAAGAGAAGUGUCAGGGCUUGAAAAACCGCAAAGCUCUGCCCACUGCUCACCAAGGCACAUGUGUGUGAGAGACUCGUUGCUUCCUCUUGCCGGGCCUCUCCUUUGCCAGAGUGCCCUGCUCUGAUCCACUGCUGCAGACCACCAGCAGCUUCUGUGUCCAGAGAGAGCCCCCCAGUGAUGGGAUUAAAUCAAGUAGCAGAGUGCUUUUUCUCCUUCCCCUCAAUCAUUACACACUGUAACACUAUGGGUCAUUGCAACACUAUGCUUAUACCAAACAUAUCCCAUGCUCCAGCAUACCCCUCCGCUGCUCUUUGGUCUUAUCUUAUCAUCUGCUCACCUGUUUCUCCUUUUUCAGCACAUAGCACAGUUCCUACACCCACAUGCUUACUGCAAGUCUCCUCUGAACUUCCCUCGAGCCCCAUCCGAGUUCAGUCUAGUUUAUUUAGUGUACCUGCACUCUGCAGGCCCUAUCUGUGAGACCUCAUGGUGACUACCAGCAGCCAUUCAGCCCUUUUUUGCAGAACUGCAGUUAGUGAAAGGGCCUAUUCCACUAACCCAUUCACAGCCUCAGUAACUGGCCAAGCACAAAUGUGCUUCUGGCCUGGCCUGGUUUCUAUUUUCAGUGAAUGAAUAUGUCCCCAUACUGGGGUGUCAGAGCAGAGGACUUGUAUGAUACAUGUUGCGUACCUAGCGGUAGAGCUGCUGAAGGUAAUUUAUGAACUAUUGAUGAUGUUGUAAAUGGGUGUAAAUCCCACUUGUUUGCUUGCUAGGUAGACAGUCUGUGUUUGCUAAGGAGCUUCUUAAUCACAAUUAAAUGCAUUUCUAGCCUUCUGGGCGUUUUACUUCAAAUCCAGCAAAGAGAAAAGUCUAAUGCUAUAUAUAGCAUUGUGGGUUGUACUGUUUGGUUGUUUCAGAUUUGGGGGAAAGUGAUAAUGUUUGAUUAAAAAAAAAAUCCAUUAUUUGCUAGCGAAAUCUUGUUUCAGCUGUCUGCUAUUCUGGCAACAUUUUUGCAUGAACUGCACACUAGAUGCUUUGAAACAGUUUGUAAUUUGUAAGUCAGAAAAACAGUCUAUUCAGUUUGGUAUCCGAGUGUACAGCCAUCCACAGCCUGCCACCAGUAGCUACAUAAUGCAUAGCAUCCUGGUGAAGAGGGCUAUGCAGGAGACAAUGGGUGCUAUCGAAACGGUCCAAGAACUGGAACACCAGGUGUCAUCCACUAGUCAUAGAAACAGGAAGGUGAUGUGAUGAACCUGGAGUUUAGAAAUUGUAAGUAAUACAGGGGCUCAGUGCCUUUGUUGUAUAUUACUCUUGCUAUAUAAUGCUAAGGAAUAGGCUAACAGAAAAGCUUUUGUUGUUAUUAGUAUUUUUUUUGUUUCUUCGUUUCUCUUUAUUUGGAAUGGCCCGGUACCGAUUCAGAUGAAAGUUGUGUAUUGACUUUGCAGUAAAACUCUUUAUAAUGGAUUUUUGGACUCCUAAGUUUCACAUAUUGUGAAUGGAGAAGAUGGCCUUUGAACAAAGACUCCUCAUCCAUUGAAGGCCUGUUUCCUCAAGCUCCAUUCUUCUCCUGUACAGCAGCCCCAAAUGUUCGAUCACCACUAGCUCCUCUGCAGUCCCCACAGCUCAAUCAGCCAGUGCACUUUGUCCCAGUGGCUGAUAGAGCUCAUAUGAUGAUGCUGGGAGAAGCACACGAACAUUACAGGACUGAAAGGAGAUGAGCUGAACAGGCUGUCACAGGCAGCCUCUUCUUUAGGAUGGUGACGAGAAAGUGUACAGCGCCCUUCCCUUCGCGUGUUUGCGUUACAUGGAUCUAAACAUGUGAAUCAAAUGUGAAUCACUCGGUUCUUCAUCUAGCUAUUUUAAUGUUUCAUUCAUGUUUUUUUUUAUUCAUUUUUUGCUGUUUUUAAUAAAGUAUAUUAAAAGGUCACAUUUAUUUAGGGCCCAUUCUCUGUAUAAUACUCAUGAUGAUUAUGAUGAUGAAGAAAAACAUGUCUUUUACAAUGUUUGUGAAAAAGAAAUGUUGACGUUUUGUUUUGAUAACUGAUUCCUGUGUAAUACCUCUUGUUAUAUAACUUUAGUCAUUGGAGUCAUGUAGUUAGCUUCAGUGACCUUUUUUUUCUUUUCUUUUCUUAUGUAGACAGUUGCAGUUUGUUGCAGCUGCUCCUGUACAGUAUUUUGGGCAUUUGUAGUUACUCUUGUGAGUCACAUAUGAAUAUGAACUACACUUUGAUCAUGUUUGAUUUUAAACACCACCUGUGAAUGAGAGUAGCUGUAUCCAGUAGAUCCACAGUGUACGGUCUUACACAGGAAUCAUCUCUCACUGUAAUUUCAUAGAGAAAAAGAUGAACGAAGCAUUCAUUCUUCAGUGCAUAUCAUUAAUCUUCAAUGUAUUUUAAAGAUGGACAGAAAAAUAAAACACUUGAAUAUUCCUAGG